UUACAAACAUUUUUUUUUCAGAGAUGGAUAGCAAUCAGAGCAAAGGUUCAGAUAUAGCUCGAAUGAUUUGGAUUGUUGGAUCACCACUUAUUUUCGCCAUUGGAGUUUUUGGAAACAUUGUGACGAUGAUUGUACUAUCACGCAAACGGAACAAACCAUCGUCUACUACUGUUUUCCUGACAGCUAAAGCAUUCGCUGAUUUAUUUGUGAUUGUAUUUAUGUUGCCUCGAUGGUGGUUGGUCUAUCUGGUUGGUUACGAUGUCCGUCAUAUUCAUAACAUAGUGUGCAAACUCCAAUUUUUUGGCAACUAUUUCAAUGGAAGUUACGGCAGCUUUCUGCUGGCAGCUGUUACAAUCGAGCGCGCCUUAUGUACCGCUAAACCCUACAUGGUAAAGAAUAUAUGUACUGCAAAUAUUGCGGUAAUCAUUUCAAUUGCUCUUGCCCUUACAUCGUGUGUAAUUCAUGGACACAUGUUGAUUGGUAUGAAGCUGUACGAAGUAACAUACAACGAGACAUCUGAAACUAUUUCGUUUCCCCUGGAUUCAUAUGAGAGGUCGACCAAUACAAGUGCAUUUAUUUUUGACCAGUAUUUCGAUACUGCAAAUUCUACCACUGAAGAGUGGAUAGACGAUUUGUUUGCCAAGAUCGAAUCAAAUGAAGAGUUUGCUGGCAUAAAUAAAAUCAAAGUAUGCUGGUAUGAUGAUCCAGAAUAUGGACAAUAUUUUUCAGGAAUGCAUCAAAUUGUAUCAUUUAUUACCUUCAUGUUAAUACCACUGAUUAUCUUCCUUGUUAGUGGUAUAGUUAUAAUAAAAGGUCUACGAAAAAGCAAAAAGUUGCGGAAGAGUAUGAGGAACAAAUAUACGCGAAUAUCGAGCAAGCAACCAGCAUUCGACGAUCGAGCUUCACAAAUAACAUUCACAUUGCUUUUGGUGAACGCACUCUUUGUUGUUAUGGCAACACCCGCACUUAUUUACCUGAUAGGAAGAUCAGCUUGGGUUGACGAGGAGACAGGCAUGACAGAAACACAGGAAAUAGUCUGGGCGCUUGUAAAUAUGUUGGUUUACAUGAAACAUGCAAUUAAUUUCAUCUUGUAUUUCCUCAGUGGAAACAGGUUCCGUCGUCAAGUGUUGGAAAUAUUUGGAUACAAGACAAAUUCGAGCGUCGAAAGAAGUAAAUCUGCGCAUGCAAACCAACUCAUUUCCGUUUCGAGCAGUUAUGAUCUAAGUUUGCAGAAUUAG